AUGGGUUAAGUUUAACAGUCCAAAUAACAUUUUUUGAAAAAUUGGUAAAAGGUUGAUUCGAGAGAAAGCAGAAUGUAUUAAUAAGUAAAUUAAGGUUUAGUUUUGGAUGCGAAAUAGAAGUAUACACUAAUUAAACGGAAGAAGUAGCAGUGGUGCAUAAGGUUUAUUAAAGUGAGAUGCAUUAUUAAAAAGAAUUGAAGAGAUUAGAAUAAUAUUAAUAGAUCAGUUAGAUGCCAGGUUUGAUUCGUUUAUUAGAGAUUCAGAAAGAGGAAGAGUCAACACUGUGUAGUAAUUUAUUUAAAAUUGAUGCUAUCUUUGAAUAUGGAAGUUAACUACCAUCAAGUUUACCUUGGUAUUAGUUUUUAUAGCAAAUAAUUCAUACAUUAAUUGAAUUAUAGAAUCGAGACAAAUAUCAUGGUGAUUUGAGACCACAAUCAUUUAUGUAUACAAAUUAAGUGAAGUUGCUUUUACCUAAUGUUGAUUAAUACAAUAGAUUUUUAAGUGGUUUUGAAGAAUACUGUUAUCUCUCACCUGAACUAUUCUUCUAACUUGGAAGAAAGGUGUUUAAACCAGAAUAUAAUAAAGAGAAAAGUGAGGUAUUCACAAUAGGAUUAGUAUGUUUGGAAUUGAUGCUAUAAGAACCAAUUUAACAAAUUUAUAAUUUAUAAGAAUAUUAAAUAAAUUAAGGUAAAUAUUGUUAGAAAUUUUGAUAGAAAUUUUAAAUAAAAUGUUAUCCAGAGCAAAUAACAAAUUGAUCAGCAGAAUGUUAUCAAUGAAAGCAGAAGACAGACCAAAUUAUUUAUAAAUCUAUGAAGAAAGUAUUGUAGAAUUAAUGCAACAAUCAAUAAAUAAUAAUAACUAAGUUAUUAUUCCAAAUAAUCCAACUGAUAUCUUAAAUGAACAUGCUAUUGAAAUUCAAUCUAGAGUACUAAUAAGGGAAUAAUAAUCAUAAGCUUAAUCAUUUAUUAUGUAAUCAAAUUAAUAACAUCCUUUAUUAUGUCAAUAGUCUUAGUAAUUUACACUUCAAUCAUAUAAUUUCAAAGAUUCCAAUCCAACAUUAACAUCUAUGUAAUAACAUCCAAUGUUUUUUUAAUAAGAAAAUUAAUUGCAGAAAUAAUAAUUAAAGUCUAAUCAGGAAAAUGAGGAACCUGAAUCAAUGAAGAAGAUUCAUCCAUUUUUAUCUUAAAAAAAUUCAUAGCCUUCUGUUAAAAUAAAUGCUAAUAAUAGAUCUAUAAAUUAAACACCAUCAUAAUAGAUAUAAAGUUAAUAAAAACCACAAAUUCCUGCAAAUUUAUAAACUUUUUAAUCAAUUCAAAGUAGUUAAUAAUAAUAAGCCUUUUAUUCAACAUAAGUUCCAUAAUAAGCUAAUUCUCUUUAAUUUCUAACAAUUUCAUAAUCUCCUAAUCAUAGAUACUCAUAGAAAUCUUAAUAAUCUUCAGUUUCUAAAAAUUAAUCUAUUUAACCAACUGAAUAUGCUUUUCUGCAUGAAUAAGUUCAUGUUCCAUUCAAUCCUGGAUCUGAUUUUUUGGAUUCAUCUAGAUAAAAAGAAUAAAUGGAUUUUGUUUCACCUACAAGAAGUAGUUAAAGACCAUCAUCAAAAUUAAAAGAUAUUUCAAAUAAAAAAGCUAAAACAAUGUAAGCUACAACAACAAUCAGUAGUAAUAGUAAUAAUAAUAAUAAUACUAAUAAAUAAAUAGUCAAUAAGAAACCUUAAUUGUUAAAAAGUCAAAGACCAUAAACAUAAAUGAGAUCAAAAUCACCAAAUGUGAAGAAAGUACUUUAAAAGAAAUGA